AUGUCGUCGUUGUCGAGUUCAGCCUCCGCUUCCUCCGCUUCUGCUGCCUCUCCCUCCGCCUCCUCGGCCACCGCCGCCGCCGCCUUUUCCGUCCCACCGCCUCCUCCUGCUGGCUUCAGGCCUCAUGCGAGUUCGGAACAUUUACGCACAAGUGAGGCCGGUCCUGCACUAGACAGACGCUCAGAGAGACGACGAUCCACUCUCAGCGGGUCGGAUCGUAAGCGUCGGAUAAUCAAUCUGGAAGGCGAUGCUUGGUCGAGGCGUGCUGCUCCCGAUCCACUGACGGAACCCGGCCCGAGCAGUACCAGCGGAGGAAGAAGACGACGAGGAGAAGAGAUGGAUAGCAGGUCUAUGCCCAGGUUCUCGUUCCAGCCGCGACCGGAGUCGACUUCUGUUACGCCCGGCUCUUCCUACGCCUCCGCCAUCGACUUGUCGUCCUCACCGCCGGAUUCCCGCCGCCAGGGGACAAACGACCACCGCCACGCCUCGCGGGCGCCUACAGCGGGCGAUUACGUGGAGUAUGUCCGGCCCCAAUGGCAGCCCGACGCGGAGGUCGCCAAAUGUCCCAUCUGCGGCGCGGCCUUCAGCUUCUUCUACCGUAAGCACCACUGCCGCAAAUGUGGCCGAGUGGUGUGUUCGUCGUGUUCGCCCCAUCGAAUCACCAUCCCCCGACAGUUCAUCGUGCACGACCCCAGCCGCUCUCAUGCAUCCUCGAUCAUCAUCCCCCCGGCCGCCCCCGUCAUUGACCUAGAAGGCGAUGGCUUGGUCCAAUCGCCGACGGCACUCAACCCUGCCCUGGGCGGCGGGGAGGAGGUGCGGCUUUGCAACCCCUGUGUGCCAGAUCCUAACCCUGAGCCGCCCCGCGGGUUCGCGACUGUUCGGGCGCCUGGGGAACCCGAAUCUGGCCCAGACGCAGGGCAGGGGGCUUACCCUUUCCCGACUAAUCAACCCCGACAUCGCUCUUAUCAUUCACUGUCGUCUUAUUCACUGUCCAGCGCUAGACAGAAUCCGUACAGUGGACCCGAUAAUUUCACCUCUCAACCGGGUCGGCGGACAGUCGGGUCGUCGAACGAGUACACGUCUUUUGGCGGGUUUGGGGGAGCCUUCAAUCCUCAAUUUCAAGAGCGACCCGUGGAGUACGGGUCAUUCUCGAUGUCCGGAUCCCGCUUUCCUCCGACGGGCUCCUCAACUCGACCUCCCCCGUAUCCCGCCGGUGGGAGUGCCAGCUCGUUGCCGGUGGGGUCGUCGAGCAUGCGUACCCCGGCCCAUCGGGCAGCGCAAUGGCGGGGCCCCCAGGUAGCGGAGCAGGAUCUCUGUCCCAUAUGCGACCAGGAACUCCCGGCUCUGGGAGCAAACGGGAGCGAAGAUGCCCGGGAGGCGCACAUCCGAGGAUGUAUCGAGAGCCAUGGCCGACAGGGGCGUGUGUCCGUGUCCCCGCAGAGCGGCAGCCCCGUGGCACAGCCGCCCCUCCCGGUCCGACUGGUGGUGUUCACGGCCACGGAGAAGGACUGCAUUGGGCAGGAUGGCGGACUGCAGGAGUGUACCAUCUGCAUGGAGGAGUAUGAGGUCGGCCAGGCGUUGGUGCGGCUCGAGUGCCUCUGCAAGUUCCAUAAACGAUGCAUAGUGGAGUGGUUUGAGCGGAAGAAAGAGUGUCCGGUGCAUAAGGUGUCAUAA